UAUACACAUUAUAGUUCAUGUCAUUCCAAACAUUAACACGCCAAUUAGACAUUUUGUCACGAGCAUUUAAAACAUCGGACUAGCCUUAAAAACGCACCGUACAUUUUUUACGACCACGUCUAAUGUUCGAAUGAUUUAAUCAUCGAUUGUCGGCAAAAUAUUACACGAGUUUCAGAUUCGCUGUUCAAUGUCGCCUUAUAUCGUCGUUCUGGGUCUAUUGUUAACGUUAUCCGUGGCGGCUGUCGUCGGGCGACUCGAGCCAAUACGUAACAGUCGCAAUGGUAGCGUGCUGUAUGACAUGACGACGACGACGGUCGGUGACAUAAUCUCAUCGUUCGAGAACAGUUCGUCGUCGCUCGGCAAAGGGGUAAUGGUAGUGGCGAUCCGCUGGUCCCGAAGCGGCGGAGGCGAUGGAAUUAGCGGUGGACCUAACGGAAGUGGUGAUGGCGUCGACGAAGACGUACCGUACGGUUUCUUACGGAAUCUGCAAUCCCGCUACAAGCAGCCCGUGUACGCCGCCGAUCUGGACCGUCUGUUGUCCGACGGCCGUUCGCGGUUCACGGAUCGCGAAGACGACGCGCUUCCCGAGCCCUGCCGACGUCCCGUAAACCCCGGCCUCGGGUCUCUGUUGCCGCUGAAGUCCCGGUACGUGGUCCUGUUUCGCGGUAUCGUGCCGUCGGACCGGGACCCAGACCCGUUCGUCGAACUGGUCCAACUCAACUACACGUUUUGGGACGUGGACGUUUACUACUUGAUCGUAGCUGUCAACGGUUUCGACCCCGCCGUCCGACGGAUGGUGUACGACGUGUGGCGCGACCUCUCCAUAUACAAGUAGGUAUGCGAUCGUGGUCCGACCGAUGUAUUAUUAUAAUAUAAUAUUAUUAAUCAAACAUUUUGAACGAG